CUUACUAAUUCCAAAAAUUUUCCUCUAAGCUACUUAGUUUCAUGCAGCAAGUGUAUACAAUUAUGGCAGCUGAGGUGAAAGACAACUCAACAGCUAUAAAUGAAGAAGAAAAGAAUUAUCCACGUGCUAUAUUUUAUAAAAAACCUAUUAGAAAAGGUAAUUAUACCUUGGAUGUAGACAACUUUACUACUCCUCAAGAAACACGACGUCAGCGGACAUUGCUAUUGCAGAAAAGUUGUAGAGAUAUUGAAUUUAAUGCUAGAAGAGGAAUAUUAGAAGAAGUAUUUGAUUCUGAAGAAGAUGAAUAUGAAGGAGAUAUGGAAAUUGAAGAAAAUGAGAAGAAGUAUUAUUCAUCUAAAAAGUAUAAGAGUUAUGUAAAUCAAUUAAUGAUGUCUGAGUGGAUGCUAGAAGUACCUCAAGAUUUUUUGGACAAGUGGAUUAUAGUUCCUUGCCCUCAAGGAAAAAGAACUUUAGUAGUUGCAUGUAAAGGUAUAACUAAAGCAUAUAAUAAACGGGGUAAUCGACUUGGUAAAUUUUAUUCAGCACUUCCAGGUGGUAACCCAUCUGAAUACAAAUGUAGUUGCACUAUUAUUGACUGUUUAUGGAUAAAGCAACAAAAAACAUAUUUUGUUUUGGAUAUACUUGCAUGGGCUAACCAAUGUUUGAAGAAUUGUAAUACGGAGUUUAGGUUUUUCUGGUUACAAUCGCGAUUACAAGAAAUUGAAGAACUACAGGAAAAGAAUACAGACAAAAAUACAUAUCCUAUAUUACCUUUACCUAAUAUCGAUUGCAAUACUGAUAUAAAUUCAGCAUUAGCAAAUGUUUCACACUUGCAUCCUUUAGAUGGCUUACUAUUUUAUCAUCGCGAUGGAAUAUAUACUAAAGGUCGUACUACAUUUGUAACAUGGUUAAAACCCUUUAUGUUACCAGAAGUACUUGGUCUUUCUGUUCCAUCACCACUUGAUGAAAAACCUGAUGGAUACAUAGAUUUUAAAUAUUACAUUCUUAAUAGCAGAGCUAAAAAGAGAAAGGGGGAAACAGAAAGUCAAAAUAAUAUUUGA